AACCUAUCAACUAAAAAACCUGGUAGGUGCAAGACAAGCCCGGCUGGAUCGAGUUAGCGUCCGACCCUCGCGUAUUCACAAGCGUGGUCUGUUUGCCCUGCGCGCAUUCCGACCCGACGAGUUGAUUUGCGAGUACACCGGGGAGUUAAUCAGGAAUAUAAUCUGUGACCUUCGUGAGGUCCGCUACCAAGCCGCAGGCGUGGACUGCUACAUGUUUCGCGUAGACAAUGACUGGGUUAUCGACGCUACCUACGCUGGAAAUUUUGCCAGAUUCAUUAACCAUUCCUGCCAGCCAAACUGCGACGCGAAGAUUGUCACCAUUGGUGAUCGUGGUCAUAUCGCUAUAAUCGCGAAGCGAAGGUGA